AUUUCACUCACAUCACAUGUCUCAUCCCCAAACCCUAAACAAAAGCCAAAAUACCCGAAAAUCAAUGCUAAGCCCACUUCCCCCUUUAGAUCCCUUUUGUAAAUGUAAAUUCCCUUAUUAACAAUCCAUAACCAUAACGCAGGUUUUUUUUUUGUUUGUUCUUUGGGAUUUUCAUGGCUUCAGCUUGUGUUAACAAUAUCGGCGUUUCGCCGGAGAGUUUCCAGCCCAAGACGAGUUACCCAUCGUUCGGCUGGUUGAGUCCACGGAUUUCGUUCAGUCGAGAGGAAGAAUCGUCGUCGAAGUCGAAGUCUAAAACGGAUCCUGACACGACGGAGAUCCAGGAUGUUCCCCCGGGUGAGUUUGAGUUCAGGCUUGAAGAUCCCGUCGCCAUGUUACCGGCCGAUGAGCUUUUCUCCGAUGGUAAACUAGUGCCUCUACAUUUAUCGACUGUUAAACAACUGCAGCAACAACAACAACAACGACAAGAACAAGAACAACAUCGUGCUUUGAAUGGUUUAGCUGAGAUCAGGUCAAGGGAAACAGGUUCAUCAAUGGAGGUUUCCGGGUCGGAUCAUUACUUGUUUUCACCUAAAGCUCCGAGGUGUUCCAGCAGGUGGAGGGAACUACUGGGUUUCAAAAAAUGUUCACUAAGCACCAAUAAUCAACCAUCAAAACCCGAAUCUCAAAGCAGCAAAGUCUCGUUAUUAUCCAAUAAUAACCCAAAAUCUCUCAAGCAUUUCCUUCAUAGAAGCUCCAAAUCUUCCUCAGAUUCUUCAUUGAAUCUCCCAUUGUUGAAAAGCUCAGAUUCCGAAUCAGUUUCCAUAUCUUCAUCACGUUUAUCCCUUUCUUCAUCAUCUUCAGGCCAUGAACACGACGAUCUCCCACGGCUAUCACUAGAUUCCGAUAAGCCAAGCCCCAACCCUUUUGCACCAUGUAGAAACAUAAACCCAAACCCAAACCCACCAAGAAUGAGGAUGGUUAAGCCAAGACCAGGGUCUGGGUCCGAUCAAACAUCCACCGGUGGAGCUAGAAUGGGUCGGAGUCCGAUCCGGAGAGAACCAAUGACAAGCCGGGGAGUUUCAGUGGAUAGUCCAAGAAUGAACUCUUCAGGGAAAAUCGUAUUUCAAAGCUUGGAAAGAAGUUCAAGCAGUCCAAGCAGCUUCAAUGGCGGUCCAAGGUUUAAACAAAGGGGAAUGGAAAGAUCAUAUUCAGCAAACGUUAGGAUCACUCCGGUCCUUAACGUACCCGUUUGUUCAUUGAGAGGAUCUUCGAAAUCGGGUUCGGUUUUCGGGUUCGGGCAGUUGUUUUCAUCUUCCCCACAAAAGAAUCCAAAUGGAUCAUUAUCAUCAUCAUCAUCAGCGGCAAGCAGUAAAGGCCAUCAGAUUAGCUGCAACAGAAACAGAACAACCGAUCGAAAUCAUUGAAGAAAAAGAAAGAAAGAAGAAGAGAUUUGGUAACAAAUUUUAAGUACGAAGUUAUUAAUUAGUAGUAGUUGUAGUAUUUAAUUCAUGUGGUAUUUUCUGAGAUUUUUAUGUAAUGGGUUUUUCCAAUUUUCAUCAUUGAAAAAAAAAAAAACUUUCACAAUUCCCCCCCACCCACAUUUUCUUUGUAACUUUCCCUGUCUUAGUUUUUAGUAAACCAAAAAAAAGAAAAAAGUAGUAUUGAGAUGUAAAUAUCCCUUUUCUUUUUUCUCCUUGUUUAUGAUUUGGUCUUUAGUUUUUCACUAAUUUCUGACUUCUGAGUGGGAAAAGGGCAGAAAAAACUGAGUAUUUGUAAAGGUCAAAUUAUGAUAUUGGUCCCCUUAUUAUGCUUAAAUUAAAAUUUAAUCCUUUA